AUGUCGCCGUAUAUCGAAGAACCUGCAUGUCCAGCGCACCGAGUGUCAAUACCUGAAGCACCUGUCACAGAGCGAUACAAGGCGCAUGUACCACCGGAUGAUUCCCAGCUGAAGAACUCGGGUCUUGUUUACACGACUUAUGCUCCUACAUCCGAAUCGCCGCAUGGGACUGUCAAAGAUGAUUGGGCAGAGAAGCAUCAGCAUCAGACUGUCCUCGAGGCACAUUGUUCAUUCUUCGAUCCUGACGGUGACGGCGUGAUAUGGCCUAUCGACACAUAUCGCACCUGCCGCUCGUUUGACUGGAAGAUACCUACCUCUCUUUUCUUUACCGCCUUUCUCCAUGCCGUGCAAUCCUACAACACGAACCCGGGAUGGGUGCCUGAUCCCUUCUUCAGGCUUUGGGUCAAGAAUGCAUACAUGAACAAACACGGCAGCGGUACCGGCACGUUUGAUUCCGAAGGUCGCUUUCGACCGCAGCCGUUCGAGGACUUCUUCACCAAGUUCGACCAGGAUGGGAAAGGUGGUCUGACGAAAUGGGAAUUAUGGCACGGCUUAAGAAGAUCCAGGCUCGCAUUUGAUUUCUUCGGGCAGGUAUCUGCGAUGUUUGAAUGGGGAUUCGCUUGGGUGCUGAUUUGGCCCGACGAUGGCAUCUUGAGAAAAGAAGACGUGAGAAGACUAUGUGAUGGAAGUCUGUAUCGUGAAAAGCAGGUGGCACCGGAACGUCAAAAGGGUAGGCCGGAUGUCUGCUCCAGGCAGACGAACGGUACUUCUUAUGAGGGCAAGUCUAAGACACAGUGA